AUGGAUUUCUGGGCUGGUGACACCGAUCCUUCCCUCAUCCAAUUCUUCACACCUGACACCGACACCGACACCAACACCAACUUCAAAAUAGCCAACACUGCACUCGACCCCGGGAACCCCGUGGACGAGCCGUUCAUAUGGGUUUGGGCGAUGAAGCACAAUCAAGACUUUAUCCCCCAAGAGAUGCACCAUCACCUCUACAACGCGUUUUCGAAGUACCUCCGCAAAUCCCCAGGGGGCAGCAACACCGCCAUUUUCUGGGAUCCGGUCUUGAUGGAAGAAGACGAUAGUCUCUUCAACAGCAACGACCAGCACGGCUUCACCAUUCGAAGGGGAGCCACGAGUGCCGACGGAAAGACCGCGUAUCAACUCGUCGUCAUGAAAAGCGAAAACUGCUACCAUGGCGUUAUCCCAUCAUUUGGCGAGCUCAUAGUGCUUGUUCGCUGGAUGCUGAGUGGAAUCAAAAACCACAAGCACCAAUUCGGCAGGUACCACCGAAAUGAGCGCCCCCAACUUGACUUCCCGACAAUGGCUGUCUCCUUCCUCCCCGACGCUCGAGUUCGAGUAUUGUAUGGGUAUUUCGACGAAGGCCGACUCAAAGUCGCCUAUACCCAAUCACUCAACUUCGACGCGGAGGACUACGCCAACAAAAUGGAUGGACUUCUCCAGUGGGCAUGCCCCUUAACUGAUGGGGACACCACCAAACCCUUCCAACAAUCGAGGACGAUGAGGAAGACCAGUGGGAUGAGUGGGAGAAGUGGGAGCUACGAUAUAGGGAGGACAGCGAAGACGAGGGUCUGGGAACUGAAUCAGACGGAGAGGGUGACAGCGUUGAGGCACAAAAAGACCUCAGUGGCUGUAAGUCGGGAUUCGACGAGGAUGAUGAGAGCUGUUGGGAAGACGAGGAUCCCAUUGAGGAUUGGAGGGACGAGGAGUUCGUGA